UUUUCUUUUAUAUAUUGCUCUUGGUUGUCUUAGUAUCAGUGUCAUAAUGUCUACUGCAAAAAAUUCAAGUAUAAAAUUAAUCCAAGAUGUCUGGUAAAACGAAUCAAAGAAUAAGAAUUUUGUAUUCUCUCCACUCUCAAUCGACAACACACUAGGUUUACUAGCUUCUGGAGCAAGUGGUGAUACCCUGGCACAGAUUUUAGGCUUUCUCAACUCUGAAAGAUUCGAUCAUCUUAAUUCUGUUAAUUCUAAACUCAUCAGCGUGUUGGAAAAAACACAAACCGGACCUGAACUGUCUUUCGUUAGCGGUGUUUGGGUCAGCUCCUCACUGAAACUUUCAUUCCAAGAAGUUGCUCGUGCAGUUUACAAAGCGGAAGCAGAAACGUCAGAUUUCGCAAACAAGAGCAAAGAAGUGCGGAUGGAGGUGAACAAAUGGGCUGAAAAGGAAACCAAUGGAUUAAUUAAAGAUCUUCUUCCUGUUAAUGCAGUCAAUGAAUUUAUAAAACUUAUAUUAGCGAAUUCACUCUAUUUUAAAGGAUCUUGGAACCGUGAUCAGUUUGAUCCACUACUAACUAAGAUGUCCAACUUCUAUCUCCUCGACGGGGAACAACCUUUUUUUUCUUUGAUGACAGGAAAACAAUCGGUACAUUUUCCCUUCAUGUCAGCGCCAGAAGAUCAGUAUAUUGGCUGUUAUGAUAGCUUUAAAGUACUGCGACUCCCAUACAAAAGGGGUUGGGCAACCUCUCCACAUUUUUCUAUGUACAUAAUCUUACCCGAGCAAUACGAUGGGCUCGGUGAACUAAUAAAAAAAGUGAGCUCCGACCCUACCUUUCUAGAACAAUAUCUCCCGGUUCAUAAGAUUCCAACAAAAGAAUGCAAGAUUUCCAAGUUCAAAAUUUGUUUUGAUUUUGAAGCAACAAGAGUUCUACAGAAAGUAGGACUGGUUUUGCCUUUUGAUGAUUCAAAGGCAGAGCUGACUGAAAUGCUGAAUACUGAUCAGAUGGUUAAUACAGAAAAUAAGCUUUAUGUUUCUGAAGUUUACCACAAGUGUUUCGUUGAAAUUGAUGAAGAAGGAACUGUAGCUGCUUCUUCCACUGCUUCGAUGAUGAUGGCCGGUUGUGCUAGUUCACCUCCUCCUCCCGUCAAGUUUGUGGCAGAUCAUCCUUUCAUGUUCAUUAUAAGAGAGGAGGAAAGUGGUGCAGUGUUGUUCAUGGGACACAUCCUUAAUCCUUAUCAAACUAGUCUACUUGUCUCUGAAGUCUUACUAAAUGGUUUAUAAUUCUUUGUUAUCUUCUUUGAAUUUAUAACAAU